AUGAUUUCAAAUGUCUUGCAGUAUAAGAUGCACCGCUGCAGAAGGCAUUUCACAUCAGAUCUGGCUCUGGCGGCGCUUGUUGUGUGUCCGCGUCUGUUUGCUCCUGACCACAAGACCCGUUGGCCUUUGGUGAAAAGUCCUCAUUUUUGCCAGUUGGAAGCCACGCCUCACCAUGCACCUGAGGCUGGGGUGUUUACAAUGGCCUUCCGACUGCUGCCGCAGAAACCUUCCUGGCUGGGGGGCUCGAAUUGCAGGGGGCAUGGCAGGCCCCCCUCACCUGGUUGUCGGGACCCCCGACCGGAUCCACCAGAUGACAGAAUACAGGAACCUUUGCUGAAAAUAGGCUCAAUUUCAUCAUCGUUGACGAGUUCGACGCAUAUCUGCCGCGACUCGCACGACGAGCAGCCUGAACAAAGUGCUGACGAUCAACAGCGAGGCCGGCAAACGAGAGACCAUCUUAGAAGCCCGACAGCGACGCAGCACAACGGGGCCGUUACGGAGCUGAUCAAGAACAAGGGGGGCGGCACGUGCCUAGGUGUCGGGAUCACCUGUACCUGGUGUGCGAAAGAGACCACAAGACCAGGGACUGCAGAAAGGGAUCAACCGGAUCAACCGUCCGCUCCAUUUUUCUGCUCACGACCUAGACGGAGCGCAACAAGCUCACCUUGCGGGGGCGAUGAGCGAGGGAAAGCUCGGGGCCCUUCAGCCGGUACUCCUGCUGCAGGAGACCCCGCGCGCAAAAGCGGCGAUCAUCGUGCUGUCCCGCGUCCUUUUCUGCACUUGCUCGCUCGGAGCACCGCUCUGAACGAAGUCCUCGAGCGUGGCGCGGUUGCCGGCAUCCUAGCACCCUCGCCCUCGCGCCGUAUUACUUGGCAGUGCGACCCCGGUACCACGAGAAGCUGGCGCGGACGAUGGAAGAGCAGCGCAAGCCCCUGCUUUGACCGUGCACAGACGGGGCUUUCUUUAAACGGGGAGCUUAAAUUCGUCGACCGCAUGUAUCUGGUGUACCGUGCGGUAGACCUGGUCGUCGGCAGCGCGGGCGCAACCACGUCCAGCGAACUGCUCAUUACCGGGACUCCGUCGCUGCUGAUCCCCUCUCCAAACGUCGCUUGA